AGGGGGGAAAAAAGAGCUGCGGAAAAGUGGCAGUGGUUUUUUUUUUUUUUGGGAAAUGGGGAAAAGUGGGAAUUCCUCCAGCUGCUAAACCGCCCUCAGUGAGCGUGUUUCAGCUUCUCAGGAACUUUCUGAACGCUUUAUUCACCUGAAAGCUCUCGGAUGAUGGUGUGUGUGUGAGACCUCUGCGGAUCCAGUCGAGCGUGUGAAGAGAUAAUCCAGCAUGGAGCAGGACGACUUUCCUCCACCUCCUCCUGACGUGCUAGAUGAAGAAGAAGGUGAAAGUUUUGAAUUUGAUGAUGAAGCCCCCGAGGCCGAGCGCCCUCCCUCAUUCCCUCCUGCUCUGGAUUUCGACUCUUCAGGCUGCCCGGUUUUGGAGAAUGCCGAGGCCGAUCUCCCGCCACCACCACCGCCGCAGACCUGUUCUUCUGCUCCACACGGUCAGUUCCCUCCACCUCCUGAAGAGGGACAUGGUGCAGAUAAAGAGCUCCCGCCGCCUCCAGAGGGCGCUGAUACACAAGGGAAUCCCGGGUCCCGACGCAAAGUCAACCCGUACUCGGUGAUCGACAUUUCCCCCGACAGCCCGCCUCCUUUGUUUUCCCCAGCCAAUGGGAAUGAAGCUGAUGCCCAGGACGUACCCAGCAGCCCCAUUGUGCCCUCUGGAUACAUGGUGCCUGUGCCUUGCGGCUAUGCCUCGCCCUCCAACGUCCCAAUCAUCACCCCAGCCUACACCACGCCUGUCAUCAUCAGACACUUCUCAGUGGAUGAAGAAGUGAGCAUUGUGGGGGCGGGGCCUACUCUGACUGACAGCGUCUUCACCGUAGACCAUCCGGCGAUAAGGGAGGAAGACGCUCUGGCGAAGUGGGCUUCGGACCCUGCUAACACGGCCUGGAUGGAGAAUCCAGAUGAAGUUAUUUACGACGACGUUCCGAGAGAGAAUUCGGGAUCCACUACAGACGUGGAUGAGAUGAUCUAUGAUGAUGUGGAGCUGGGUGAAGAGGGAGGUAGCAGCUCCGUGGAGAACGGCUGGAGCUCCAGCGAGUUCGAGAGCUACGAUGAGGAGAGCGAUGGAGAAGGCGGGCACGGAGAGAACGGCGUCCUCCCCAACGCCUUCAUCCGCCGACACACACCCAGCACCAAAACACACCUCUCUCAAGAUCUGACACGCUUGAAAGAGCACUAUGAGCGAAAGGUGAAAGAUCUCAUGGUGAACGCAGUGGGCGCGGUCGAGCUGCAGCAGCUCAGACACAAACAUGAGCAGAAGAUGCAAAAGCUGGUGAGGGCGGCCAAGCACGGCACCAAAGACGGCCUGGAGAAAACCAAAGCGGCGGUCAAGAAGGGAAAGUCCUUCAUUCGAACCAAAUCUUUUGGUCACGAGAGGAAGGCAUCAUGUUUUGAGGAAGAGCCAUCCGAACUCUUCAUCGAGGUGGAAUGUUUAAACGUGGAGCCUGUGUUAGGCCCCGCCCCUGAGGGCCUCUCUCAACAGCAGGUGGUGAGGAGAUGUAUUCUGGAGUCAAUAUUAGAGAGUGAGAAGAAUUAUUUAGACUCGCUGAAGAGAAUAUUAGAGCACUACGAGAAGCCGCUGCAGGAGCUCGAGCCUCGGCUGCUGAGCGAGAGGAAGUGUAAGGCGGUGUUUUACCGUGUGAGGGAGAUCCUGCAGUGCCACGCCAUGUUCCAGAUCGCCCUGGCCAGCCGUGUGGCAGACUGGGACCAGCUCCAGACCAUCGGGGACGUCUUCGUCGCCUCCUUCUCUAAAUCCAUGGUUCUGGACGCGUACAGCGAGUACGUGAAUAACUUCAAUACGGCCAUGGCGGUGGUGAGGAAGGCAUGCACCUCCAAACCCUGCUUCCUCGACUUCCUCAAGCAACGUCAGGAGAGCAGUCGCGAUCACGUCACGCUCUACGGCCUCAUGAUGAAACCCAUCCAGAGAUUCCCACAGUUCAUUCUGCUCCUGCAGGACAUGCUGAAGAACACACCGGUGGGCCACGAUGACCGCUUGCCCCUACAGAUGGCCCUGACUGAGUUGGAGACUCUGUCUGAGAAGCUGAACGAGAGGAAGAGAGACGCAGAUCAGCGCUGUGAGAUCCGACACAUCGCCAAGGCCAUGAACGAGCGCUACCUCAACAAGCUCCUGAGUGUGGGUAGCAGGUAUCUGAUCCGCUCGGACGACGUGGUGGAGACCGUGUACAACGAGCGAGGAGAGAUCGUCAAGACCAAAGAGAGACGACUUUUCCUGCUUAAUGACGUGCUCAUGUGCGCCACGCCCAACCUGCGCUCUCCUCAGGAUGGUGGAGGUGCCGUCGUUCCUUCAGGCCAGCGUUUCCUGCUCAAGUGGAGCGUCCCUCUCAGCCUGGUGGAGCCGGUGGAGUUCGGCUCCUCGGAGGAGAUGGGAGACUCCGUCCCUUUCCCCGCCCUUCACUCCGGAGAGAAGGUGGUCGUCAACGCCAAGCCAAAUAAGUUGUACGUGGGUCCGGGUCAGCUUUAUCAGGACCUGCAGAACCUGAUCCACGACCUCGGCCUCGUCAAUCAAAUCUCCACCAUGAUCAGCAGCCUCAAGGGCAACUACCAGAACGUAAAUGGGACAGUAGCUCAGGACUGGAUCUCUGGUCUUCAGCGUCUUAUCCUUAAGAAAGAGGAGGAGAUUAGAGCUGCUGAUCGCUGCCGCAUACAACUGCAGUUACCUGGAAAACAAGACAAGUCGGGCCGACCCACGUCCUUCACGGCCGUCUUUAACACCCUGAGCCCGUCUAUCAAGCAGGCCUGGAUCAGCAACCUGCAGAUGGCCAAGCUGGCUCUAGAGGAGCAUAACGUACAGGGCUGGUUCAUCGCUGAUGAUGAUGGGAAUCAGAUUAAGAAGCAGAAACAUCCACUCUUGCUGAAGCACAUGCCUGUGGUCAUGUCCAGACUGCAGGAGUUUAAGGUGGAGUGUGCGGUCCAUAACCCAGAGCCCCACGUUAACAGCGAGAGCACGGCGGACGUACCGGCAGUGGGACACGGCUGUGUUUGGGUGGCCAGCUGCACCAAUCAGAUGGCUCAGAUCGCCGUAGUGGCCAUGCAGAACUCCAGCCCGAAGGUGACCGAAUGUUUCAACGUGGAGUCGCGGAUCCUCUGCAUGACCUAUGUACCUGUGGAUGAGCCCCCGGAGGACAGAGAAGGAAACCCCGAGCCUCGGUGCUGCAACACACCCAACGUGUGUGUGGGGACAGAGGAGGGAAGCAUCUCCGUCUAUAAGAGCAGUCAGCGAUCCAAGAAGGUCCGACUGCAGCACUUCUUCACUCCGGAUAAAGCCGCCGUGACGUGUUUAGCGUACAAGAGUCCGUUUCUCUAUGCCGGCCUGGUCAGCGGCUCCCUCGCCGUCUACUCACGAACACCAGACGGUUCAUGGGAUUUCUCCAGCGUGCGGUUACUGAAGCUCGGCGUGCUGCCGGUGAAGGCCCUGCUGGCCGUCGGAGAGUGUGUGUGGGCCUCAUCUGGCGGACACGUCUUCGUCAUCGAUGCUCGCACGCACACUAUGGAGCACCAGUUGGAGGCGCAUCAGGAGGAGGGGAUGGUCGUGUCCCAAAUGGUGGUAGCAGGAGUGGGCAUCUGGAUUGCCUUCAGCUCAGGUUCCACACUCCGCCUGUUCCACACUGAGACACUGGAGCACCUGCAGGACAUCAACAUCUCUACACCUGUCCACAACAUCCUCUCGGGUCAUCAGAGGGUCUCUGUGAGCAGUCUGCUAGUGUGUCACGGUUUGCUACUCGUGGGGACGAAUCUUGGGGUGACGGUAGCUCUGAGUGUCCCCCGACUACAGGGCAUCCCCAAGGUCACAGGACGAGGCAUGGUGUCCUUCCACGCUCAUCACAGCCCUGUGAAGUUCCUCAUCAUGGCGUCGCCCGUACGGAACGCUGUUCCCACCAUCACUGACCCGCCUAGUCAGCGUGCUCCUCCUUCAGAAGAGGACGAAACUCCCAGAUGUACUGCUUCCUUUCUCGCCGAGGGAGACGGCGUCCACCCCGUCCCGAUACGCCAGGACUCGCUCUCGUCCUCCCGCAGCUCCCUGGAGCACGGUCCAGAGGACGGCGCCAUCUACGACCUCCUCAGUGAUCCGGCGCACUCGCAGAACACUAAGCGGGUGCAGCGGGCAAACGUGAGCUCAGUGCUGGUGCUGUCCGGCGGCUCGGGUCACCGAAAAAUCAACAGGAAGAGUAAAGCGGCACGACACGAAGAAAACAUGCCCACGGUCAUGGUGUGGCAGAUCCCCGUGCCUGACGUGUGAUACAGGAUGAUGAUGGCCAUGUUGAUGAUGAUGAUGAUGAUGAUGAUGAUGAUGAUGACAUUUCAUGGGCUGAUGCAAUCAGUGUCCUUCCCUGUGCGUGCCUGAGGCAUUUCCCACCUCCAUACAUGUGUACAGGAUCUACAGACACACCACGGUGUUCCAGUAACUCUGAAAGAAAGAGAAAUGGAAAUACGAGCUGGACGAUCUAAAUCACUGCUCAUUCCAGCAGGAAGUGUGCAGUGUUACUAGUUCGGGUGUGGGAUCUGCAAUAAUGGACUUUUAAUGGACGACUUACUUGAAAUGGCUGUUCAUGGGAAUUUAAGUCACUGCAAUGCCACUGAACUUUCAGUCCUUUUGUUUUGUUUUUUUUGUGAACCCUGUGUUAAUUGAAGUAACACUGCUAAUGCAAAGAUUUAUUUUCCUCUUCAGCUGCUGUGUUUAAAAUUCUUAAUGCCACUUAAUGUCUAUAUAUACGUAUAUACGCCCUGAAAUCUUUUAUUUAGCCCUGCCCCCCAAAAAAAGCCCCAAAGAAAUCUUACAUUUGUUAUAAACGUUCAAACUCAACAUGUUUAAUUAUCUUUCAUGUGUAAAGCGAAGUUAAUUGACGACUAAGACGGUAUGAUGGUACACCGUGUAAGGAAGACUUAAGGACGUUUUGCUGUCAUUGUCAUUCCUGUAUAAUGACACAACCAAACAUUUAUAGUGCACACCUUGAAAUGUACCAAAAACUAUUUAAAAAAAAAACAACUAAAGUUGAAUUCUUACCAAAAAAAAAAGGGGUAAAAUUAUGUUUCUUCAUUGUUUUGAUAAACUACUGAAGGUUAAGAGUGAUCCUCUUAACAACCCCAUUAUUAAAUUAUUACAAAGCAAUGCCAAAAAAAAAUGAGAUCUUACAUCGCAUGGGUAUCAUAGCACCAACAGCUGACUGAUAUUUUUAGGGGAAAAUGCUUGUAUGGAAUUUCUGGCUGGCCGGAUUUCCUACUCCAUAAUAAACAUGGACAGUUUUAUUCGACACUAGUUGGAUGUUUUCAUAUAACUAAAUUAAUUCAGCCACAUAUGGGUAUUUAAAAUGUCGGGGGAGAAAAGAAAGCUUUAUAAUAAGAAAUCAGUAUCUAUUUCUAUUGUUGUUGUUUUUUUAACAAGUCUUAAUAACUACGCCACAUUUUUCUAACAUGUGAUAAUCCUGAGUUUCUUACCUAAAAAUUGUAACACACUUUGUUUUUAGAUUUUUAUUUGUUGCACUCUGUAGUGAUUUGCCAUAAUGCACAUGGAUGACUCGUCUAAAAUGGAAAACGCACGCCUGUUAUCUUGCGUUCACACUAGCAGGCGACGUGUUGCUUAAUUGACGUGGCCUAUAAAGCUUUUUUUAUUAUUAUUUAUUUGGUUUUUUUUUUAGUUCUGAUGAGAAACUUAUAAAGCUAUCUAAUUAAACACAAAUUAAAUAACAUGCUAAUGGGUGUGAAAAUCGGUUGAUUUGCAUGCUACGUAGUCAGAUUCGUGCUAGCUUCAUUCUCAGCUUAGAUCCGCAAAGCGAUCUAACUGUACUAGCUAUGCACACUCGCCAAAGGCACCAACGAUUUUUGCAAAUUCCUUCUUAUUUUAUUUUUCUUUGUUAUGUCUCUAUACACGUGUAAUAUCGCCCACCAUUAGAUGGUGGGCGAUAUGACAAUAAUAAUAAUAUUAUCAUGAUUCUCAACGAUACGAUACACAAUAUUUGGUCAGAAACAGCCAACAGUACAGUAGUAUCGCGUUUAAAAAUAAAAAAAUGUUUGAUCAGUUAUAUAAUGCCUACAAAAAUCCAUUCAUUUGACUGUUUUAUGUUUAAACACAAUAUAAUUUUCAUUUAUGAAAGAUUCAACACUGAAAAGGAGGGAAACAAUCUGUAACAAUUUACAAAUUUAAAGAUCGAGUACAAAAGUUCAGCAUCGAAUCGAAUGCUUCCAAUUUGCAAUGAAAUAUAUUUUAAAUAAAAUGAAAAAUUUUAGUUUAGUAUCAGUAUUGUAUUGUCAUAUCGCUCAGCCCUAGACAUUGUAUAUGACGGGAUAAGAUGGAACCAACAUUGUAAGUUUUGUUUGUUUUUGUUUGUUUGUUUUAUUCCAUUUUUGUGCACCAAAAAGUAAAUUGGAACUAAUUGCAGGCAGAAUUUAAAUUGUGAGUGGGGGAAUUGAGUGUUUUGGAUUGGGCACUUGUACAAAAUCCAGCCUCCUUCCUAAUUUGCAAAGAAUUGAGAAGAGCUCGAUUCAAACGUGGCUGAAAUCCAGCUCGGGGUCACAAACAUACGUAGAAAACUAAAAGCCUCUUUGUCGCUUGCUAGUGUGAACAUAGAGUUUUUUAAAGUGGUUAAAUGAAGUGCUUUUCGUGAUUCCAACACACUUGAAGAGAAUUAAGACCUAAAACGUGGAUGAAUAAAGGGUCAAAGGGUUCUAUUAAACCAAAAAGAGAGGCAAAUGUGAACUUUCUAUCAGUAAUAUGUUUUGGUUUCCAUAUUCUCCGUGUCAGUCUGGUCUUGUGAUGUGUAACGGCACGCUUUUUUGUCUGUGUGUUUUUUUUUUUUUCCAAGAAUUUCCCUCACACACUAAUCUCUAUUUAGGUUCAUUAUAGGAUUAGCUCAGAUUUACUGACACCAGUGACAUGAAAAGCACAUUAAACUUCUGUUCAGAUUCAUUCAGAGACCCUGUAUUUUUAUUUUUAUUUUUUCUUCAACUGUCUGGAGCAAGUUUGCAUUUCGCAUAACGUAUUUGAAUGAGCUGUUGCCUGGAGCGCAUGAAGUAAUGAUGAUGAUGAUGAUGAUGAUAAAUUACAGCUACUACUCGCAGGACUUGCCGCCUUCUCCUCUGCGAGUGAACGUCUAUGAGACGAAAGCUUGUCGUUUAUGCUGCCAAAAUAAGACUUGUACCAUUAUGUGUUAAAAAGAUGUAUUAUGAUGCAUUAACAAGUAAAGGUCUGCAUUUUGCCUUUAA